AUGGAUUUGAAUAUAGCAAAGGUGACAAUAGAAGUCGAAAAAGAAGAGGAAAAGGUAAAAAAAUAUGGUUGUUGGGCCAGAUUCAAAAGACUGUUCGAGGAUAGAGGCUUUGAUUUAGAAUUUGAAUACAACAGUGCCCCAAUAAAUGUUAUAAGAGAAAAUCGCGACGAAACAGAAGGAUAUAGGAAGCUAGAGGAAAAAAACUCAAUAGGCAAAAAGCCAGAAGAAAUUGUAAAUAUUGAUGGGGAAUUAUCUGGAGUUAUCAAUUUUUAUGAGCAAUUUUCAACUUUAAGCGAUGAUCUUACGGGUACGAUCAUUGACACAAAAAGACGAUCAACAAUCCGGCACAGAGUGUCUAUGCGUCCGAGUAUGCUGCUAACGAAUAUAGUGGAAGAAACCGGUGACAUAGAAGAUUUGCAAGAGAACAGGUCGCCGCCGCCUUCACACAUCCCAUCUGCCCUAUUCUACGCGCCUCCGGAACCACUAGAGUUACUAUGUGUAUUUCCGGAACGGGCAUCCCGCGUGUGCGCUGCGGCGUGCAACGCGGCCGCGCGGGCGGGCGGGGAGUCGCGCGCCGUCCGCGGUGCAAGGGAGGCUCUAGACGCGUUUAGACGCGACCCCGACGCCAGAAUACCACAUGUGGUCGUGAUAGACGCGCGGCAACCGCAGAUAAUGGACUCUACUUUACUGGCAAGAGCUAUUCGUGGAAUGAAAAACACCCAGCACAUUAUUCUUAUAGCAGUCGUCAAAAAGAGUGUAUACCUGAAGGAUGACUUCGCAGUUCUACCAUAUUUGGAAGCAGGUUUUAACAGGGUAAUGGUAGAAACUCUUGGUGCGACAGCGUGGUGCGGGGAGAUGUUGCAAGCGCGUGCGGCGGCCGCGUCUGCGCGCGCGCAGGUCGGCGCGGUGGCGGCGCUCGCGGCAGCUAUGGACAGGUGCCGGGAUCUAGUCGCCGUCACUGAUGACCAGCAGAGGAUACUCCUCACAAACAAGUCAUGGUGUCGAGUGGUAGGUUGGAGACCAGAAGAUGGUCCCCGACCACUAACAGAAGCCGUAAGUGGAGAGGCUCUGCGUCUAGCAGCCUCCGGUGUGAGAGACUGGGAAGCUCCAGUGAUGCUGCGGAGACGAGCUGCGCCUGACUCGAUAUUGUUACCGUGUAGAGGAUCUAGUGUAACUUUGAACAGGAGCACAUCACACAUAGUGUUCGUAUGCGAGCCGAGCAACAGUAUGGAGAGCGAGCGCGCUCGCGGCUCCCUGCACUCCAUCCGGCGAGGCUCGCUGGACGUGCGCUCCGUCGCGUCCGACGGACUGCGGCGCACUUCCCUCGCCAAGCUACAGGGAUUGCCGCUCGAAGCUCCUAUCACUAAAGUAAUAUCCCUCCUGUCAACAGCCACAGAGGGCGCGCCGCCGUCGACCGUGGCCUGCAUAGAGCGCGCGGUGGACAUGCUCAGGACGUCCGAGUUGUACUCCCCGCAAAUGCGAGAGGACCCCAAGAUGAGGGCGGAAGACCCCAUCGCCACUGACCUCAUUGGGGCUUUGUUAUCGCGGGAGCAAGUGAAUACAGGCCUUAUUUAUAUGCAAGGUACAACCAACGUGCUAUCGUCACGGAGGAGCAGUAAUGAUUCCACAGUAGUCAGAUCUCAAGCCAAUAGAACAAAUAUGAAACAUAAGACAACAGGCCAACUCCGCGAAAUAUUAGAUACGGCCAUAAACUGGGACUUCGAAAUAUUUCGCCUAGAAGACAUAACUCGAGGGCGGCCAUUAACGCACCUAGGGUUGACCCUCAUGGGCGGGCGGUUCGAUGUUUGCUCAGCGCUCGAGUGCGAUGAACGUACAUUACUACACUGGCUCACGAUCAUCGAGACAAACUACCAUGCGGUUAAUACAUACCAUAACUCUACUCAUGCCGCUGAUGUUUUACAGGCCGUAGCAUUCUUUCUAGAGAAGGACCGUCUAAAAACAAUAAUAGAGCCACUAGAAGCGGCGGCGGCCCUGAUAGCGGCGGCCGCGCACGACAUCGACCACCCCGGCACCUCCUCCGCCUUCCUGUGCAACUCGCGCCACUCGCUGGCCAUAUUGUACAAUGACGUCAGUGUGCUGGAGUCCCAUCAUGCUGCUUUGACCUUCAAAUUGACUCUUAACGACGACCGCGUCAACAUCUUCAAGAACCUCGACCGCGACACGUACAAGUCGGUGCGCCACAACGUCAUCGACAUGAUCCUGGCCACGGAGAUGACCAAGCACUUCGAGCAUCUCGCCAAGUUCGUCAACGUGUUCUACGCCAAGCAUACUGGCAGCAAGGAGGACGUCAUGCACACUGAUGAGGAACCCCUGUCCCUGGAUACGACCGCGCUGACGUCGCCGGAGAACGCGGUGCUCGUGAAGAGGAUGAUGAUCAAGUGCGCGGACGUGUCCAACGCCUCGCGCCCGCAGAAGUUCGCCUUCGAGUGGGCGAGAAGGAUAGCAGAAGAGUACUUCUUGCAAACGGAUGAAGAGAAGGCAAAGGAGCUGCCGGUAGUGAUGCCGAUGUUCGACCGCGCGACCUGCUCCAUACCGCGCUCGCAAAUCGGCUUUAUAGAUUAUAUUAUUAUUGACAUGAUGGAGGCUUGGGCCGCAUUCAUCGACAUGCCGGAGCUGGUGACGCACGCGCGCAACAACCACCAGCGCUGGCGCGAGCUCGACGACGCCGGCGUCACCACCAUCGCCGACGUGCGCCGCGCGCAGCGCCAGCCACACUCUACCUCACAACCUACUGCGGAAGAA